UUAACAUUAAUAUUAUAGUGUAAUGGAUAUUAAAUUAAUUAAAAUAGAAAUUUUAUAUUGUUUAGCUUAAAAAAACAUAAUUAGAAAAUGAGGUGAUAAAAUAACAGUGUUCCUUCUUUUUCUAAGUAAUAAAAUAAAAAAAAAGUGAAAAUUUUUUUAAUUGAGAUCAUAUUUUUUUUUUUUUCAAUAAUUUCGAUGAAUAAAAUAUUAAAUUAAAAUAUUUUCCAUUUUGGUGCUCUAAUUUUAUUUAAAAAUAUAUAAACGAAAUUAAAAUCUUUUUAUAAAAUUCAUAUAUAUAUCCGUUUACAUUACAUACAUACAUGUUAAAUAUAAUAUAUAAAUUAAAGUGAAAAAAAAAAAAUACGGGACGUAUGUACGCUAAGUCAAAUAAUUUAAAAGCGUAACAUGUAAUGAAAAGAAAAAAAAAUGCAAAAUUAGGAAGUAGUGCUUUACGCUUUGAAAUUAAAUUUUUUUUUUAAUUGUCUUUAUAUACAUAUAUAUAUAUAUCUAUAACGUUGUUAGUAUCAUGUUCAGUCAUCAGUAUCGAAAUUUAUUAUAGUUAUACAUAUAAAUUCGAAUUAUGUGUGAAAAACCGCUUUCAGCUUUAUGCACUGAAAAAUCAAAUAUUAAAAAAUCUUGUAAAGGCUUAAUAAAACCGACUGGAUGUAUCACAGAAUUUUUGAGUGGGAAGAAAUGCAAUAUGCAAGAAGAAAAUCAAAAUUUAAAACAUUUUGAUAAUAUUAAAAAUAAGAAUUUUUCUAUUAAAUUUGACGAAUGUGGAAAAGCAGAAAAAGAAAAAUUAAUUUCAAAAAAUUUUAAUUCACUUCCUCUCUUUUACUAUGUGAGUGAUCUUAGUCAUAACGGACCAGGGCAAGCUAUGAUGGAAUGUCCAUUAAGACAACCAAUAAGUGGAAGCAGUUAUUAUCAUCAUCAUUACCAUCAUAUACCGGAUCAAACAAAGUCUCUACAGGAAUUACAAAAUGAAGUUGGAGCUUUACUUGAAUUUCGCAAUCUAGUAAUAGAAACUUUUCCAGAUCUUAAAAGCAAAAUGGCUUCUAUGUCAGCUUCUCAUACAUUGACUGGUAAUUCAGGAUCUAAUUCACCAUUUGUUUCUAGGCUAGAAUGGGAACCGGGGAUACGAAUCAAAAGAAAAUUAGUACAGUUAAAAGAUUCAUCAUCAUCAUCAAUAUUUGCUGAAGGUGGUGCUAAUGAUAGCACUAUUAAUUCAGCACAAAAUCACACUGAAUUGUCUUCAUCAUCGCUAACUCGUAGCAGAAGUAAUUCCCAUAGUGGUAAAAAAGAACCAAAAAGUGGUGAGGGAAAUGGCAGUGUUGUUAUUCAAGACUCUGGUUUCUCGACGGAAACAAGUUCAUCUAAAGAGGCACACAGCGCUUCUUCAACAACGGGUGCUUUACAGGGAGUUGUAGUAGCUAACCGAUUAACAUUCAAUGAGUUGGACGAUGAAUUAUUAAAUUUACUAGAUGUAAUUCAUAGAAAGAGUAACAAAGUUAGAGAAGAAAUUGAGAGCAUUCAAAAUCGUGAAACAAAUAGAAAUUAUAAAAAUCAAGCGACUACAGUGCUUUUAGAUCAGUUUGGCAACAAAUGUAGUUUUGCUUCAACGUCUAAAGGCUGUGUAAAUCAAAAAGUUUUACAAGAAUAUGUGGAUAAGUUAAAUAAAGAUGAUGUACAGUUGUUACGUAAGGAACGCGAUGAACUUUUAGAUAAAUUGGCCGAAAUGGAAGCUGAAACAUUAACAGGUAAAAUUAAAAUGACUAAAAUGGAAAAUGAAGUUGAUGAAUUAACUAAAAUAAAAAGAGAGCUAGAAGAGCAUUUAAAAUUAGUCCUUAAUCAAAAAAUGGAGCUUAAUUCCAGAUUACAAGAAUUUAAUAAAUACCACAGUGGCUUUACGAAUAAUUCCUCAAGUCCGUCAGAUACACUAAAUCAUCGACAUUAUACUUCAACACCUUUAGCUUCUGGACCACUAAAUCUCAUGUCUAGAUAUUCUCCAACGACUGGCUUAAAAGAUAGAGAUAAUUCAAGUAAAAGCACAUCUACAGCAACCGUUUUUUCACCAGCCAUUAUAGAAAGCGAUGAUACAUUUAAUACACCAUUAUCUAAAAGCAUUAAUAUAAAAAAAUCGGCAAAUACAUUCCAUAGUGAUAUUAAACAAAGUAGUAAAUACAAUACAAUUAAUUUGGGACAUUUAGAUGGUUUCAUUAGCGAGCCUUGCCAUUUAACUAAACAACGUGCUAUUGAUUCGAGAAAAUUUUCGGCUAUACUUAAAGAAACUAAUGUAAUUGAAUUACAAAGGCAUCUUUUGACUUUAACAGUUCAAAAUCAGGUCCUUACACAAAAAUUAGAUGAAGCGACAAAAUCGAAUUUUCAAAUAAGUCAAAAAUUUGAAAAAUCAAAAGAAGACAUAGAUGAUUUUCGUUUUCAGCUUGAAGAAAAGAAAAUUGAAUUGGAAGGGACUAAAGCACAGUUACGAAUCUUAGAAUCGCAAACCUCAAAAUUAAGUUUUAACAAUGCCUCGACAAUUUCAUCAACUGAUGAAAUACUUCAUUCACAAAUGUCAAAUCCGAAUCACGAAGAUACAGUUUUGUCAGCUAAAACUAGUGCAUCAGAACACAUUUUCGAUAUGGAAGAUAUAUGUAGGCAAAUAUCAACUCCAAGCAUGAAAGCUAUGGUACCGAUUGCAAUCGAAGAUAUUAUUCAGCAUAAUAGCAGUAGUACAGAAUCAGCACAAGAUCAUAAUGAAAAUGGUACAUGCAUAGCUGAAAAUGUUGAAACUAAUAUAAUAACGGAUAUGGCACAACGUCGAGAAAGACCAAGACCACCAAGUAGAAUUCCUUUACCAGGUAGCAAAAUCGGAUUAACAUCACCAAAACCUCCAACUGGACGUUUAUCAAGUAGCGUUGUACAUACAAAAUCAAUUAAUAUGAGCAAUUCGGGUUCAAUUUCAAAUAAAUACUUAUGCCGUAGCACUGGUAAUCUUUGUGGGAAAUCACCAACAAAUUUAAAUAGACCAAGUUCAGCACAAAGUCUGCGAAAAGAAAAUUCUUUAUUAAUUGCAAAUAGAAGUUCUACAUCAUCUAUACCCAUUUCGUCGAAUUUGCAAAGUACUGGAAGUAGUACUUCAGCAGGUGUUGGUCAAUCAAUGUCUUCUUCGUUAAAUCAAGGAAAAUUAAAUCCGUCCCAGCAAAAUCAACAACAUAAACACAAUUUUCAUAAUUCAAAAUUUAACAGUAAUUCACCAAUAAUAAAGCAUAAACGUGAACACAUGUCUUCAUCACGAGCUCGUAACUUGGACUCAUUAUCACGAAAUAAUCAAAAUAGUAAUAAUAGUAACAUUAGCAGUUUUUCAUCAUCAGCACCUGGUCGUAGUAAUAAUAAUAUUAAUAACAAUAAUAGUAAUAUUAAUAAUAAUAGUAAGAAUAACAAUGAUAGAAGUUUUUUUAAUAGUAGUUCAACAAAUUUUCAUAGACUUAAUAAUAAUGCUAAAAAAGACUCUAGUUUUAAUUUUGCACAAACAGAUAAUAUCAAUUCGAAAUCAAUCAAACCUAAAAUGAAUAUUACAACUAAUAUUCGUCGCAUAAGCACUGCUGGCCGUAGCACUACUAAUAAUCCAAUUACUGAAUUACAACAACAGCAUUUGCAAUUACAGCAAAAACCACAAGGGCAAGGACAACUUUUAUUACAACAAAAUAAUAGUCAAAAUGCUGAUGUAGAUAAUGGAAAAGUUAGAAAUUUGCGUUCCACUGUACUAGGUUGGCUUAAAUUUUAGUCAUAUAAAAAUUCAUAUUAAAAAUAUAUAUAAAUAUAAAAUUACCAAACUUGUUGUAAUAUGUAUUAUAUAUAUAACAUAAUUAGAUAUUUAUUGGAUAAACAUUUACUUUAUUUUUUUUAAUAAAAUAACCUAAAAGAAUAAAACAUAAUAUUCAUUUAAGUUAGCUAAAUUAAGAUUCAAAAAAUAAAAAAAAAAACCAUCCAAUUUAUUAUUUAAACACGUGUAAUGGUACUUGCAAUUGUAAAUAAAAUAUUUUAUUUUAUCGGUA